GAAUGAUUUAAAGUUCUAAGCAUGUUAAGAUAAUAUAAAGAUAAAAGCAUUUUAAUAUGUUCUAAAUUCUCAACCAACCUAACCAAUUGAUCACCACCAUUUCCUUAGUCAACAAAUCAUUGUAUCCAAUAAAGAAAAAACUUGAGAGCAAAUAAAGCUAUGAACAGAAAAAGGAAAAAAGAAGUUAAAGUAUAGUCAUCAGCAUCCCAUUUUCUCUACGCUUUAUCUUGCUUUCCAUCUAAGCCCUUUAUCCCUUUUUUCAUGCUCUCUUUUAUCUUGUUAGAGACUUAAAUUCUAACAAGUCUCAAUCUUUCUUGUAAGCUACUAAUUAUCAAUUUCUUUAGAUAAAACCUCUCAUUCUUAAGCCAUAAAUAGGUGAUAAUAUAAGUUAAUAACACAACUUAUACUAUAUCUUCUAUAUGUUUGCCUAAUUCACAAGUUCCUUCUAUGUUUUCAUAACUUCUCUACUGGCUUCUAAGUCUAGCGCAAGUGGUUGGUGCACAACGUGUGAGUUUUUUAAACUCUGAGGUACUGAGUUCGAUUUCUACUGAUAAAAAGAUAUAAUAUAUACUUCUCUUAAGUCCUAAGGGUGGUUUUUGUGUUAUGGCUUCUCUUGGAAAUCCAAAAGCCUGGGUUCCAUAUAUGAACAACAAAGAUUGUUCUCAAGGUUUUUGUAGCUUCUAUUGUCCUCAAUGGUGUUAUGUAGUCUACCCUCCACCUCCUCCUUCACCCUUUGAAUUCCCUGAUGAUGAUUCAAGUACAAAUUUCUCCCCUCUUGUUAUAGCAAUCAUUGGAAUCUUAGCAAGUGCUUUUCUUCUUGUAACUUACUACACCUUAAUAUCAAAGUACUGCGGCCGCAGAAUAUCAUCAUCGCAAAGUGAAUCGCAGGAAACAAACGAUGAAUUAGAAGACAAUCAUCAUCAUAACCCUUCAAUCCAUGAGCCAUGGCAUGUUUCAACAAAUGGCUUAGAUGAAGCUUUGAUUAAAUCCAUAACAGUUUGUAAGUACAAAAAGAAUGAUGGAUUGGUUGAUGUAACAGAUUGUUCCGUUUGUCUCAACGAGUUUCAAGAUGGUGAAAGUAUUAGACUUUUACCUAAAUGUAGCCAUGCUUUUCAUCUACCUUGUAUUGAUACAUGGCUCAAAUCUCACUCAAAUUGUCCUCUUUGUCGCGCUACAAUAUUCGCCUUCAAUGCUUCGAGUUCAAAUGCAACACUUCAUUUGCCGGUUCAAGUUACUGAACAAUCUUCAAGGAAUGAAGUUUCUUUAGAAAAUCAACAUUUGAAUGAAAUUUCAGCUGUUGAAAGAGACGGUGAAUUGAAUGUUGCGGAAGAAGUUCCAAUUCCGAAGACUGAAUUUCGCGCUUUAAGUGAUUUAGGAAAUUUAAGAGGAAGGCAUAAUGUGAUUGAGAUUAGAGAUAAUGAAAAUUAUCGUGAAUCGAUUCGAAGAUCGGUUUCUAUGGAUCAUUCAUUUCAAAGUGGUCUUUCACUUGUUGAAGAUGUUAAUGUUAUGCAUAUAAAUCAAGAACAAGAUUCUCAAGUUGAAAGUUCAUCAAAGAGAUUAAGAGGUGAAAGUGAAAGUAGUAAAUCUAGCUAUAGUAGAAAGAUUUUGCAUUGUGUUUUGAGUCCAAUUGCAAUGAAGAGAUCAUUUUCAAGUGGAAGAUUUUUCCUUAGUAGAAGUUGCAGAGGAAGGCUUGGAGUUUUGCCUAUCUAAGAAAUUUUAUUUUGUAAUUUUUUUACCUGUUUUUUUUUUUCUUUCAAUUUUAUGAAAGCAUAUGAUGAUGUAGUAGAAAAGAUUGAACAAAUUUUUGUGUGAAGAUCUAUAUUUAGCAUCAUCUGAAUUCAUAGAAAAAACAACAUUUAUAACAUCAUUGAGGCUAAGUAAGUUAAAUUAGGAAGGGUAAAUA